UCAUGGACGUCAAUAUCAUCUGACUUCUGUCAACUUCGGUGUUUUUAUUCUUAUCAGCUGUCGUGAUUGAAACCAAUAUCAACAGAAACUUAAUUGUUAUAUUCCUUUUGUCUCCUAUUGUUAAAUGAAAUCAAAAUGAAUAUUUUACCGAAGAAAAGGUGGCAUGUCCGAACUAAAGACAAUAUCGCAAGAGUGAGACGAGAUGAGGCAAAGGCAGCAGAAGAGGAAAAGGCUCGCCAAGAACGAGCUAAACUUGCCGAAAGGGAAGCAAGAAGGUUAUUGCUUCUAGAGAAAUCAAGAUCGGCCCUACCAAAUAAACAAUUUACUGAAACAGCAUCGUCAGGCUCUAAUUUGGAACAUGUAAACUUUUUCAAAGAAGUUGAAGAGGGAGUAGCAGAACUGAAGCAAACAAACAAAGAACAUGAUAAAGAAUUGAAAGAAGAAAAGGAAAAGUAUGAGAAACAAAUUGGAUAUUUAACUUACUUGGGCCAAGAUACCAAUGAAGCAUUAGGGAAGAAGAGUUGGUAUGAGGAAAACCCUAGUAAGAGAUGGGGUGAGGUAAAAGGGGAAGUAAAUCUAAAAAGUAAAAAAAGAGAAGAUCCAUUGGAAGUGAUUAAAAGAUUGACUGAAAAGGAUAAAAAGGCCAGGGAAAGUUUCAAAAGUGAUAAGAGAUAUGAUGAAUAUAAGUCAAUGCUGCAUAAAAAUUAUAGAGAUAAGAAAGACAGUCAUAAAAGGAGGAGAAGCAGAUCCACAUCAGAAGAAAGAAGAAAACAUAAAAAAUCAAAACAUAAAAGGAGAAGCAUAGAGAGCAGUGAGGAUGAAGCAGAAAAACAGAAGAAACUGGAAGAUUUGAGGGCUGAAAGGCUUCGGAGAGAAAGAGAAGAGCAACGGAGAACAGAAGAGUUAUUAGCAAAAGUGAAGGGGACCAACAAUGACAACAAGAAGCAGGAUGUGCAAGCCGGAAGGCAGAAAUAUAAUUCACAGUUUAAUCCUUGGUUGGCAAAACAAAAUUAUGAUAAUAAAUAUAAAUAAAACUGA